AUCUGCAACAUUUUCUUGUUGGAAAUUGGAAUCCACUUUCGACCACCAUAACACCAUCGAUAGAGCACCCGGGAUCCGUGCAGUCCCGAAGCUCCAUUCCAGUAGUCCCCAAAACAGCCAAAGAGAAGAAGAAGAGGAGGAGCUUGGGAUUGUUCCUUUAGAGCUCUCUCUCGAGCCACCAUGGAAGGACGUUCCCCAGGCCUCCGCUUCUCUCUCUCCAUCGUCUUCUUCUCCUUCGUGCUCAUCUUCGUAUUCCUCCCUUCAUGGUAUCGUCCUCUCGACGACCCGAAGCAGAGGCCGAAGCAGUUCUUCCCUCCUAGGAAGAGCCCAAUCCUCGAGGAGCUUCCCCGAACCGGCAAAACCAAGAACUGCCCGUCGUCCGAGACCGUCCACCACCCGCUCGACCCGCUCACGACCGACGAAAUCAUUCGGGUCGGGUCGAUCGUCCGGUCGUACCCGCCUUUCGAGUCCUCUCCCCCGUCCAUCCACUCCCUCACGCUGCACGAGCCCGAGAAGGCCGAAGUCGUCGCCUGGAGAAAGGGCGACCCUCUCCCGCCGAGGCGGGCCUUCGUCCUCGCCCUCUCGAACCGCCGGACCCACGAGCUCGUCGUCGACCUGGGCUCGGGCCGGGUGGCGGCCCACUCGGUCGCGUCCGGGUCGGGCUACCCGCCCCUCACGAUGGACGAGCUCGCCGCCGCUUGCGAAGCCCCGUACACGAGCGCCGAGUUCAACGAGUCGAUCCGGGCGCGGGGCGUGGCGAUGUCGGACGUGAGGUGCGUCCCGCUGUCGGCGGGAUGGUACGGACGGGCGGUGGAAGAGACGAGAAGGGUCAUAAAAGUUCAGUGCUUCGAUCUGGAGGGCACGUCCAAUUUCUACAUGAGGCCGCUCGAGGGCAUCACCAUCACGGUGGACCUCGACAAGAGGGAGAUCCUGGAGUUCGUGGACUCAGGCCGGGGCAUUCCGGUCCCGAAGAGCGCCGGCACCGAGUACCGCUACGGGUCGAUCGAGAAGGGGGAGGAGGGCCGCGGCACGGCGGCGCCGCCACUGAAGCCCAUCUCGAUGGAGCAGCCCGACGGGCCGAGCUUCGUGGUGGAGAACGGGCACGUUGUGAAGUGGGCGAACUGGGAAUUUCACCUCCGGGCGGACCAUCGGGCCGGGAUGGUGAUCUCGAGAGCCCGGGUCCGAGACCCGGACACCGGGGAGCUGAGAAGCGUGAUGUAUAAGGGGUUCGCGUCCGAGUUGUUCGUGCCCUACAUGGACCCGGACGAGGGGUGGUACUUCAAGACGUACAUGGAUGCAGGGGAAUAUGGAAUGGGCGUGACGGCGAUGUCACUUGUGCCGCUGAACGACUGCCCUAGGAAUGCUUACUACAUGGACGGGAUUUUCGCGGCGUCCGACGGGACGCCCUACGUCGAAUCCAACAUGAUCUGCCUGUUCGAGCGCUACGCCGGGGAUGUCAGCUGGCGUCACUCCGAGAUCCCCAUCAGCGGGCUCGAGAUCAGGGAGUCGAGGCCUAAGGUGACGCUAGUGGCUCGAAUGGCAUCGUCGGUCGGGAAUUACGACUACAUUUUCGAUUGGGAGUUUCAAACGGACGGAUUGAUUCGGGUCAAGGUGAGUCUAUCGGGUAUGCUUAUGGUGAAGGGAGCUCCGUUUGAGAACACGAAGGACGUGCCCGAAGAGUACGAAAUGACCGGGCCCCUCGUGUCCGAGAACGUCAUCGGCGUCGUCCACGACCACUACAUGACGUUCCACCUCGACAUGGACAUCGACGGCUCGAACAACUCUUUCGUGGACGUCCACAUUGAGAAGGAGAAGACCCCGCCCGGAAGCUCGCCUCGGAAGAGCUACCUAAAGGCAAAACGGCGCGUGGCUCGGACGGAGGGAGACGCCAGGAUCAAGCUCAAGCUGUACGACCCGUCGGAGUUUCACGUGAUCAAUCCGUCGAGGCUGUCUAGAGUGGGAAACCCGUCGGGGUACAAGGUGGUCCCCGGAGGCAACGGGGCGAGCUUGCUUGAUCACGACGAUCCUCCGCAGCUCCGAAAUGCCUACACCAAUAACCAGAUUUGGGUGACUCCAUAUAACCGGAGCGAGCAGUGGGCCGGUGGACUCUUGGCGUAUCAAAGCAAAGGAGACGACACUUUGGCUACUUGGUCUGAGAGGAACCGCCCUAUUGAGGACCGCGACAUCGUGCUGUGGUACACCCUCGGGACUCACCAUGUCCCUUGCCAAGAGGACUUCCCGGUGAUGCCGACCGUCAUAUUGAGCUUCGAUCUGAAACCGGUCAACUUCUUCGACAGCAAUCCGAUACUCCGUGCCGCGCCCAACUUCGAAAAGGACCUCCCUGUGUGCAAGAUGACCGCUUCGUCCUGAUGCUCUUUCGUUCUUAUCGGUGCGACGGAUUACAUGAGUGAUGGAUAUCAGGUCCAUGCAAAUAAUUGCAAUGACAACUUCACAGAGUUGGAAGUUGUAGCAGGUUUCAAAAUUGCUAAUGUUGUUUGUUGUCAUGAAAAUAUGUGAUUCUUAAUAAUGUAAAGUCAGUGAUUGUUGACAUGAAAAGUAGUGAUGAUUGUAAACUUGUCUUUUCAUA